AUGACACCACCGACGUCUCCUUCCUUGAACUGGGCCUGGGACAGCGCUGUCGACGACGAGAAGCCAUUGCACGAUGGGAGCACUCGGAAGAUGUCACAACAAAGGAGCAUUCUCAUGUCAGCUCUUCGCUGCUGGCAGAGGCUCAUGGUGUCCGAGACAGACUGCGAACGAACCGCUCAAGGGCCUCAGAGUCGUACACGCCAUUCAGUCGCUGCCGGAGCGUUGGACGCUCUGAAGGAGUUGUGCGCGGUGUCGCAGAGCGAGCUUCCAGACACCAUCUCGGCCUUCACCAAAAUGGUCGAGGUCACGCCGACGUCCGGAAAGGGGGACCAGGUCUGCUUCCCGACGCCUCUCAGAGAGCAGGAGACCACCGCCGCCAUCAAGGCACUCGAAGCCUGUGCUGCCGCCGCCAUUGCCAAACUUCGGUAUGGAGAGGAAACCAAGAGGAUCCAGGUUGAUACCGACAAGGUUUCAGCCUUCUUGAUGUCGGCGUACAUCUCUACCCUCGACGGCAUGGGCAAGCAAGAUUCACGGAUCAAGGAUAGAAUUCCUGACACGGACCUGAACCGGGCCCAGUCGGACCUAUACAGACGCAUGUCGGCCAACCUCUAUAGCACCAAGAAUCCCGGCGAGUACUACCACAUUCACGGGUCCCUCGACGCCGAUGUGACCCUCCAGAUGCUCGGUCUGCCUAAAGACAACCCGGACAUGACCGACUACCGCACCAUUAUCGACUACAUCGGAUUCGCCGUCAAGCAGCACACCGCCGCAGAACUCGACGCUCUCAACCUCGCCCAUCGCCAAGCCGGCAUUCAAGCCCUCACCUGGCCCCAGUUCCAAUCAACCCCCCACGGCAAAGCCCUCCUCGACCUGCCACCCUUCACCGUCCGCCCCAACCCCUCUGACGCCCACUGCACCCCACCCACUCCCUUCCCGCCACCACCCCAUCCCACCACCACCAACCCGCGGUACGCCCUGCAGGGCAUCAAAGUUCUCGAGCUAUGCCGCGUCAUCGCCGGCCCGACAAUCGGCCGGUCGCUCGCGGCGCACGGCGCCCAGGUCCUCAAGGUCACCUCGCGCCGCCUGCCUGACGUGCCCUUCUUCCAGCUCGACGUCAACACGGGCAAGCACGCCGUGCACCUGGACCUGAAGCCAGGAAGCUCGGCCGCGGACCGCGCGACGUUUGCGUCGCUCCUCGCCGACGCCGACGUGCUCAUCGACGGCUACCGGCCCGGGGCGCUGGCGCGCCUGGGCUAUGGGCCUUCGGUGCUGGCCGACCUUGCCAGGCAGCGGGGUAAGGGAUUCGUGUAUGUCGCUGAGGACUGUUUCGGAGGGACGGGCUUGCUUUCGUCAUCCUCAUCAUCAUCAUCCUCAUCAUCCCACGAGGAAAAAGAGGAAAAGGAGGCCUGGGCCUCGCGGCCCGGGUGGCAGCAGAUCGCCGACUGCGUGACGGGCGUCGCCUGGGCCCAGGGAGAAUUCAUGGGUCUCGACGAGCCGGUGGUGCCGCCGUUUCCCAUGUCGGACUACGGCACCGGCGCGCUGGGCAGCCUGGCCGCGCUGGUGGGGCUGUACAGGCGGGCGACCGAAGGCGGGUCAUGGAUCUGCCGGACCAGCCUGUGCCAGUACGACGUGCUUCUAAUGCGGCUGGGCUUGCUGCCCAAGGCCGAGCAGGAACGGCUGCGGAGGGAGCAUGCCGAGAGCGGGGCCGGCUUCUUCGAGCUGAGACAUUGCGACUCGGUGGAUGAGGUUGGGCGGAGGGCGCUGGAGGGGGGUGAGGGCAGCGGGCGGAUUAUGCAGGAGGCGUGGAGCGAGGCGUUCAAGGGCGUGGUGCGCUGGCCGAGGGAGGCGGUCGAGAUUGAGGGUCUUAGGGUUGGGCACGUGAGAACGGCCAGGCCGAAUGGGUGGGAUAAGGAGGCUAGCUGGGACGGGUGGGAGGAGGAGAUUGGCGAGACAGCCGCUAAGAUGGACGAGGUGUCGCUCUGA